CCAUACACUCCCAUUUGUCUUUAAAUCACUGUUCAACUGCUCUAGGUUGCAUAUGAGUAAACUUUUUCUUACAGGUGCAAUUCCCAAAAGAUAUAACCUGUCUAGCAAGUGAGGAAAGGAACCCGCUUAACUCAGAGAACAGAGUGUUCUGGCAGUCCCUGCAUGACAGAGAGGGCCCACAAGCAGACGGCACAGUGCUGUUUACCCUGAAGAAGCGAGUGUGUGUGCUGGAAAGCGCUGACCGCUCUAAUGGAUCGCAUGGAGCUGCAAAAAGUCAACAUCGAACCUGACGAUCAGAGCAACAGUGGGGAAAGCCUCGAAGACAACUACAGAGAGCCGGCUGAUUCAGAAAAGGCUGCAAUUAGCAGUCCCUUUGCUAGUGAUGAUGCAGAAAGUCAGAAGUUCCUUACAAAUGGAUAUCUGGAUAAAAAGAAAUUGGAGGACUAUGAUGAAGAAUAUCACAGGGGUAGAACUUCCUUUGGAAUGUCCUCGUUCAACCUCAGCAAUGCCAUUAUGGGCAGUGGCAUCUUAGGGCUCUCCUAUGCCAUGGCCAACACAGGAAUUAUCCUUUUCAUAGUUCUGCUGCUCAGCGUAGCAAUAUUGUCACUCUACUCAGUCCACCUUUUACUGAAGAUAUCAAAAGAAGGAGGAUCAUUAAUAUAUGAAAAACUGGGAGCAAAGGCAUUUGGCUGGCCUGGGAAGUGUGGUGUCUUCAUUGCAGUCACAAUGCAGAAUAUUGGAGCAAUGUCAAGCUACCUCUUUAUUAUUAAAUAUGAACUUCCUGAAGUCAUCAGAGCAUUUAUGAAACUUGAGGAGAAUUCUGGAGAAUGGUACCUUAAUGGGAACUACCUCGUCAUACUUGUAACAGUUGUGAUUAUUCUUCCCCUCUCCCUUCUAAAAAGUUUAGGUUAUCUUGGUUAUACGAGUGGGUUUUCACUGACCUGUAUGGUUUUCUUUGUCAGUGUGGUGAUCUUCAAGAAAUCCCAAAUACCCUGUCCUCUUCCCAUCAUGGACCACGGGGUUGAAAACUGGACCGCCACCAAUAGCACAGUGCCAAUGCACCUGGUCAUGUUAUCAAAUGAGUCACUCAGUUCUGGUGUGAAUUUCAUGAUGGACAACACAGCUGGGCACUUCCCAAGCCUUGAGGAGCCAAAAGAUAUCUCCCCGAAAAGCGGUGUAGAAUACGAAGCACACAGCGACAACAGUGACAAGUGCCAGCCAAAAUAUUUUGUGUUCAACUCACGGACUGCCUAUGCAAUACCCAUCCUGGCAUUUGCUUUCGUAUGCCACCCUGAGGUGCUACCAAUAUACAGUGAACUCAAAGAUCGCUCCCGAAAGCGGAUGCAGAAUGUCUCAAACAUCUCCAUCACUGGCAUGCUUAUCAUGUAUCUUCUGGCUGCCCUCUUUGGAUAUCUUACCUUCUAUGGAGAAGUUGAAGAUGAGCUUCUUCACACAUACACUAAAGUGUACACAUUUGACACUCUUUUGCUGUCAGUUCGCCUGGCAGUGCUGGUGGCUGUGACCCUGACCGUGCCCCUUGUCCUUUUCCCUAUCCGUUCAUCUAUCAGUGCAUUGCUGUUUCCCAAAAGGCCAUUCAGCUGGAUAAGACAUUUCCUGAUUGCAGCAGUAAUUUUGGCUUUUAAUGAUCUGCUUGUAAUUUUUGUCCCAACUAUUAAAGACAUUUUUGGAUUUAUCGGGGCCUCUUCUGCUACGAUGUUGAUUUUCAUCCUCCCUGGUGCCUUCUACCUGAGAAUUGUUAAGAAGGAACCCCUGAGGUCUCCUCAGAAGAUUGGGGCUCUAAUUUUCCUCAUAGUUGGCAUAAUCUUCAUGCUUGUGAGUAUGACUCUUAUUGUAAUGGACUGGAUUUACAAUCCCCCAAGUUCAAGACAUCAUUAACCUGUGAAGACAACCAAGUGCGUUUCAUAACACAAAUAUUUGUAUUGUGUGCUCUGAAGAACAUCUGAAUGGGAUUGUUAUUCCUAGCUAGUAACUGGAGUACUUUGAAGACAGUUUCUGGUAGGGUCAUAAGAACCCAAUGGAGUCUACAUCAUCCUUGUCAAUAAGGAUUGUUAUUUAUGCAUUAGGAAUCUGAGCUUAGCAUUUCUGGCCAGGUGAAAUGAAAAGUGUGGUGUGAAUGCUUUCUGUUUUCAAAACCAAAAUAACUCUGUAUACAGUCCUCAAAAACAGCUUGGUGUCACCCCUUUCAAAAUCUCCCAUGAUGAUAGUAACCACAGCUCCUAGAGCCUUGGGAAGGUAAUGGCCAGAAAACCAGCCAGUGCCUCAUUUUCAAUCAGAAGGUCAUGGGAGUGGCUGCCCAGGUCCAAGAGAAAGGCUGUGGUUUCUGAGGGGAUCUGGAAGGUGAUUCCUCUGUACCUGAUAGACUGACCUGCCUGUCAGAAAGACAGUGGACAAAGCUUUCCACUUGACUUUGACAAGCCAGUGGACAAAGCUGAGUGUUAGAUUUGUUGCCCAGAUUCAUCACCCAGCUGUUGUACAGAAUAAAUAUCUCUGGCACAGAUUCUCUGUUGGGGCAAGUGCUUGAAGAACAGUAGAGUAUUCUCACUUUGUUUUUAAAGAUGCUUGUGCUGGAAAUAUCAGUCAUUUCUGCAGUAAAGGUUUUUUUUGUUCUUUAAUUUUUAAUUAUUGUGUGAGCUUACAUCACUGAACAAGUUGUAUCCUCCAUAAAAACUUGUCUUCCACUCUCACAGGAAUUUAAGGAGACCACAAGGUGUGACAAAGCACCCUAUCCAGUAUUGUUCAGUACUUGUGUAUUUGAUAAAUGUUCAGUGCAGGAAACUGUAAUUUGCUAUAUAUAAAAAUAUAUGUAUUUAUGUACAUAAUUUUUUGUUUUCUUCUAGUCAUAAAAAUGUUAUCCUGUGGUAUAUGAUUUUUGAUUUUUUUAUGUGUCACUCUGUUUUCAUAGCCACACACUUAAUAUUAUUUUGAAGGAAACAUAUUGAAUUGGUGGGUUUGUAAAAGGUCUGUUUUUAUUCACCAGUGGUUUAACUAUACCUGUAGCAAGACCUAACUGCUACCUGUGUAAAAACACAUUCAUAUGUUUACUACUUACAUUAUAAUAAAUUUCAAGAUGUUUUCCUCUUGAGAA